AUGGGAAGGCUCGCUAAUAAUACCAUCAACAACAUCGGCAACAACACCUCUAAUACUCCUUCAUGUUCAUCUAAGCCCGACAUUAGUUCUUAUAACUUUGGAUUUCACUUGGCAGCCCUUUUUGUGAUUCUUUUUACUAGUGCAUUCACUCCUGUCCUCUCCAAGAAGUAUCCUAGAUUUAAAGUUCCAAGUUUAAUAUUUUUCGUUGGUAAACACUUUGGGAGCGGAAUAAUUCUCGCCACAGCUUUUGUACAUAUGCUCCCUUCGGCAUUCGGGUCUUUAAAUAAUCCAUGUCUUCCGCCGGUGUGGACAAACUACAAUUCUUGGCCAGGUGCAAUUGCAAUGAUGGCUGCAUUAUUCAUCUUUUUUACUGAAUACUUAGCGUUAAAAAUAGCUGCUCGUGCUGAAGCUCGUGCUAAUUCGAAUAAUGAAAUAACCAAUGAUACAGCUACUGAUACAACUAAUGUCGUUGAUGAAUCCAUUAACUCGUUCGGACAUCUUCAUCAUGCCGCUGAAACUGUUUUAAGCACCCGGUCUCAAAUCAUAGGUAUCUCUAUUUUAGAAUUUG